GUCCCGCAUAUUUCCCGCAUCUGCCUUCAUUCCUCAUAAGUUCACAUCAGGGCUGCCAUCACAAGACGAUGGCCUCUUCUAUGCACUGCCAAUCCUAUGUUUUCGAUCCGCGUCCACGGUACCCUCUUCAGCUGACUGCAAAGCGCUAUUGGAUUCCAUCUGAAAAUGCGCUCUUGAGCAAUGACUCUGAUGCUCUCACUCUCAUCUUCACGCAUGGAACUGGUUUCCACAAGGAGAUUUGGGAGCCUACUAUCGAACACCUUUUUGAUGUGAUUGCAAAUGAGAACAAUAAUGGACGAUCUGGUCAGCGCGUGAAGAUUCGUGAAGUCUGGAGCGUCGAUGCACCGGACCAUGGCGAUGCUGCCAUUUUAAAUGAGAAGGUUCUGCAAUGGGGUUAUUCGGAAGUCGUAAGUUGGGAAGAGCACGCUCGCAGUCUUCAUGCCUUCCUCACCGGAUUGGGGACUGGCGUCGAUGUUGAUUUCAGCACCCACAACCUUGUUGGCGUCGGACAUUCCAUGGGAGCCGUCUCUCUAAUCCUGUCAGAGACGUACAUGCCCGAAUUGCGGUUCUCAUCCAUGAUUCUCGUCGAACCUAUGAUCGUUCCCGAACCGCCCAAGGCCUUCAAGGAACGUCUGUCAGCUGGAUUCCUGAUCUCAGCGGCGCAGCGACGACGUGAUGUUUUCCCGAGCCGGGAGGAAGCAACGAAAUACGUUCAGAAUAGCGGCGUAUCGAAACACUGGGACCCACGUGUCCAAAAAGUAUUCGUUAAACACGGUUUGAGGCAGCUCCCCACGGCGGAGUACCCCAAGCUUACUGAGGGUGUAACCCUGAAGUGUAGUAAAGUGAUGGAGAUCGCCUGUUACAAGGAUGCCCUUGGUCGAACCCGCGCUUUCCAGCGGCUUCACUUACUCUGCAGUCAGAUUCCAGUGCAUUUUGUCUAUGGCGUAAUAAACGAUCAAGUCCCAGGCGUUGUGAAAGAGAACUUCCUUACUGUAGGCGCCAAGGGCAGGCAUGCUUCCGUAACGCGUAUCGACGGUGCAGGCCAUCUGGUACCACAUAUGCAACCUCAACGACUCGGAAGGGCUCUCAUGGAGAUCCUGCAGUGCCGUCCUGCGAGCAAAGUUGCCGAGGCAACCGAAGCACCCGAGAACACCAAGCUGCCACACGGACACGAAAAGCAAUUCGAAGCUCAGGCGCAAGCUUCAUUGCGUGGACACUUGCGGUCAUUCCUGUGAAUUAAGACAAACUGAAGACGAUGACGUCUGAAGCCCCGAAAGUCGUUUAGUACCGCCGACAUUGGCCUGUAAUCUUAGCCUAUUGCCUUCUCGCUUAGAUUCUCUUGGAUGCUGUUUUCCACGUUCGUCUUCGUCGUCCUCCUUGUUAUCGCUGUGCGUGCAGUCUGUCAUGUUUUCUUCCUUGACAUUUUCAAGCUUCAUUUUCUUUCGUGUCGUCCUUGAACACUUGGGUUUGAUUGAACAAUGUACUAUACGCUAUCACCUUCUACUUGUCUUGCUGAUCUGGGUCGAGGUCGUAGUCCAGAUGCCAACCGCGUAAUAGAUGUUAUCAGCAGACCUAAAAGUUCCGAUCUUUAUAAGAAACUAUAUAUGUCAAGUAAGUCCGUAACUGUAGUCAAGCGUACUUAGUAUACACCGUCGCCUUCUC